AAAAUUUAUAAAUUAAUGGCGACCCAAAUGAGAGCAACGGAGAGCGAGAUGUCUGUACUGUUGAAGAGCGAGACAUGGAGGUGGAUAGUGAGAAAGACAAGGGACUCAAAGCCCUUCUUUUUUGCGUUCGCCACCGUGUGCGGUGUUGUUCCAGGUGUGAUCGGCUACUGCGUCAUGCAGUUUACCAAUUCUCGUAACCCCCAGCUCGAAACCCAACUCCGCCAGACGGCCCGCCCCGAUUCCCUCAUGAUGGGAAAGGUAAAUCAAGAGAGACUAGCAGAGUACCUAGGGGAGCUGCAGCGGAAAGAGGAUACAAAUGACAGAUAUGUAGCUGCUUUGAGAGGAGAAACACUUACUAGAAAACCUUAUGUGAGAAUUCAACCAAUUCCGAAGGAAAAUACUACAGAAGCUGACAGGGAUUCCAAAACUGACAAAGCUCAAAAGAAGUAGAUUUGGGGAUGGGAUCUGUUGUUUUCGCAAAUGCUUUCUGUAUUGAAGGUUUCACAUACCUUGAUAAAAAUCUAAAAGGUCAAUUGUUAGAUGUUAUGCUAAAUUUUGUGGAUUGUGCGUGUGAUGGAAUAAUUCAAUGUUUAGCCUUUGUUGGCAGUUUUUGUUUUUUUUUUUCGGAAUGUUUACCGGUAUUGUUUUUUUCCCUCAGAACAAUCUGCCUUUGUAUCACAUUAUUUUUGUUAUAUUAUACAUUUUGUCCUUUUAAA